GUCCUUAUUAUGAGACCUCUCUACAGAGUGAGCGUAUUCCCCUCCCCAGCAUGAGUGAGAAACAGGGGAGCAGCCAGGAGAGGAUUAGUCUUGUCAACCAUUUCACAAGAAAAAGAUGGCAACAAUGAUACAAGCUUCACCAAUCAGUUAAAAAAGGCCUGACAGCUGACAUGGACGCCAUCAGUGAUCCUGACGGGGAUGUGUUGGAUUACCUGAGGACACCAUGCUGGAGCAGUCAGCAACUGCUGCAUCAAGGACGGAGAUACCAGAGCGAUACGAAGAUCCAUGAGAAACGAUCUGAAAAGGAACCCGCUUCAGGAUCACGGUUGUGUUUGGGCUCAGACAUGGAUGCUGGGAGGCUGGAGCAGCAGGUGGCCAGUGUGGACAGAGGAAUCGCCUUCUUGAAGCAGGAGCACCUUGCCAUGUUGACAGGCCUACAGCUGGAGAUAACACACCUGAAGAGGCGCUGCCACGAGCUUAGCUGUGAGCUGGAGUCCAGAUUCCCUGACAGAAACACAGAAGAGGAGGAAGCAGAGUUAGCAGCACGUUGUGAGGCUGCGGAGCGUCUCUUGGAGGACCAGCAGUGCAUGAUGGUCGCUGUACGUGGGGAGCUGCGAGCUGGCCGGGCAAGAGCGUCAGCACUUGGAAGAAGCAUCAGAGAAGAAGAGCGAUGUUUCCUUGAAGAGCUGAAGCGCCGCAGCCAUAAGAUCACGCUGCUAAGUCGUGAGCUGCAACGCCAAAAUGUCAUCACAACUAGUCUUUGCCAUGAGCUCCACACUGCUCGCUUAAAACUGUUCCAACAACGGCAGAGCACUCAACCUGCUGCAGAGGGUCAGGAGGAAUCAGAAGGAAAUGCAGUAGGAGGAGGAGAGGAAGAUGAGGAGGAGGAUGGAGAGGAUGAGGAUGAUGAAGGGGAGGCAACAGACUGGCUUCUGUCUCCACCUCCCCCUGCAUCUCCAGCCCAAGCAAGACACAAGAGGCGUGUCACCCUGAGGGAAGAGAGAGUAAGAGCCUGUAUCCCACAAGAGAGAGUGACAUCACCCCAGAGGCCACAUCCCAUGCCUGACCCCGCCCUUUUCCUUGUGCCACUUCGAUAUCGCCUCCUGCGCUUGAGACAGCCAAUCAGAAGGCAGCAGGAGGAGGGACUGGAGGACGAGUGGGAGGAUAUAGAUGACAGCAGGGUGCACAGGAGGGUGGACAUGGGAGCAGGAGAGGGAGAAACUGCUCUGUAAUGAAGCUAAAGAGACAAAAGUUGUCUUCCAGCAGGUCUCAGCCAAGAUCAACCAACAUAUGAUGCAGAUAUUCUAGAAAAGCUAGAGACGGAAUAAAGUAACCUUGUGAUUGUCUGUAGAUUUCAGGAUGUAAGCUAGAUAUUUAGUUAGUCGCACAUGAGUGUGAGAUCAAACCUACACAUAAAUGUAUCAAAAAUGAAUUUGUCACAUUGAUGGUACAACAUGUACUGCAAAUAUGUGAAGACAUGACUGGAUCAAUAGAGAGCUGUUUCAUAUGGAUGCCUUUUCAUUUUAACACUGUUGAUCACGGCUUUUGCCUGUAAUUAGUAGCUUGCCUCUGGGUAUGUGAACAGUUUCACCCUACUGCUCAAAGUGGCAACCUGCUUUUUCACUGCACCAGCCUUAUUCCAGGUUCAGAAAGUCACUCUUUAAAGCUUAGGGAUGUUUUGUAUUAUUUGCACUUUAAUAAAUUCAUGCAAUGUGCCUAGUGAUGGCAAAUGAACAUU